GCUGGAAUCUAUAUUUUCCAACUGGUUGACUGGUACGUCGUCGCCCUCAUCCUCAUCAUCAGCAUCAUGGAGUGCAUCAUCGUGGCCUGGAUAUAUGGAUUCCAGCGACUGGACGAGGACCUGGAGCUCAUGAUAGGAAGGAAAGUCCCCAUCUUCUUCAAAGUCAGCCUCACUUACGUCACACCACUGAUAUUCAGCUUUGCUAUAGUGUCGACGCUUGUGCAGUACACACUUCCGACGUACGGGAAGUACGAGUAUCCGUACUACAUUGCGAUCAUUGGUUGGAUCUACGCUGCGAUUCCGAUCGCGCCGAUACCCGUGUUCAUGAUCUGGGAACUCGCUAAAGCGAAGGGGUCACUGAAGGCGCGCAUUGUCAAGACGAUUUCUCCAUCAGAAAACUGGCUUCCGAACAAGUUGUUACCUCGACCGGAGUACAGAAAGAAACAACAGAACACGUUCAAAGAAAAUAUUUGUCAUUUGUGCCUUCGAUAAAACAAGACAUUUAAUGUCCUGGCAUCGACUCUCCAUUAUCUAAAUUGUGAUUGCUGUUUCUUCGUGUGGCAUUGCUCAUUUAAAAAAGAAACGGGAAUGUUUUAAUAUAUAUUUUUUCACGAUAACAUUAAUUCGCAAAAUAGACUGUCAAAAUGUGAAUAAAUUUUUAAAAAGACAUUUAUCAUUUUAAUAGACAGAAUGUAACGGGAUUCAGAGUGAAUAAUUGUAAAUAAAUUUGUUAAAAUACAUUAAUAUCCGCUUUUCUACAGCUGUAAACGAUACUAAUUCUAUUCUAAUCCGAUUCGCACAAAAGUACAUUUUGAAACCUUCCAUGGGUCAUUUUCCAUAUUACAGAAUAUUUUUACAACCACCAUUUCGCACAAAAUUGUAGUACAUGCAACGCAUACAUGUUUCAAACACAAGGCUACUUGAUACAAUGAUAUUCAGUAAAAUAAAAUUUCAUACAUGAAUUGCCUAAAUAAAACGUUUUUCCCUUUGAACAAAUGUCACAUUUAUCACCAAUGAUAAGAUUGUUAGUAUAAUUAAGUUUGCUAACCACACUUUCAGCCGGAUGUUAUUCAGGAAGUCCACUUUGAAGUCACGGGUUUUUUUUUAGGUGGUGGUCUAAUUUUAGUGUAAUUCGUGUUAAAUUCGCUACAUAAUUCAUACCCGUAGGAAGUCAAAAUUAGUGUGAAAUCACUUCUUUUUUCGUGUAAUUUGUAGACUUGUGCUGUCAACGAAUUUAUGAAGACAACGGAAAUAUAAUACAUGUAUACAUAUAAAACGAAUUUAUGUUACUAACUUUUCAAUCUACGAAUUUUUAGUACCCAACGAAAUAUGUUGGUUUUUCUUGUUUUGUUUUUUGUAUUGUUUUUUUUUUUUUUUUUUUU